UGAACUUAUGGCACAUGGGUUGCGGGCGAGUCAUCACAUCUGAACAGGGAACCCGAGGCACGAGCCUAGAGACUGCUCUUCGUCUGACACACAGCAGACUUUCCAGCUGAGAAGAACGUACUGUUUCUGCCGCCAUGAUAACCAUACAAGGAAUAGGACAGACUGCAUCGGGAGCUGCCUAUGAUGCACAGCAGCUGGGACAACAGUCUUUACAAGUGAAUUCACAUGCAUGGAAAAGGAUGGCAGAGAAGUUCUUAAAGGGAGAACCCAAAAUCCUUGGGGUUGUGCAGAUUGUGAUUGCCCUCAUGAACCUCACCAUAGGAAUCAUGAUGACAAGUGCCACCUUGACAUCCAGUGAAAUGCCCCCUGUUUCAGUGUACAUAGGGUACCCAGUUUGGGGGUCUCUCAUGUUUAUUAUUUCAGGCUCAUUCUCAAUUGUAGCAGGAAGAAGAACUACAAAAGGCUUGGUUCGAAGCAGCCUAGGCUUGAACAUCACCAGCUCUGUGUUUGCCUUCACGGGGAUCAUAAUCCACUCAGUGAGCCCAAGCAUUUAUUCUUACAAUUUAUAUUUCUGCUCAUAUAGAGGCUCUUCAGAAAGCUGCCAUAUGACCGUAUCCAUUUUAAUGGGUCUGGAUAUUGUGUUAGUCAUUCUCAGUGCGCUGGAGUUCUGCAUUGGUGUCUCUCUCUCUGCCUUUGGAUGCAGAGUGAUGUGUUGUAACCCUGGUGGGGUCGUGAUAAUUAUGCCGUCAAGUCCUCCCACAAAAGAAACAACAUAUCCUAUAUCACUUUAAGAAGGUUUGGUACCACCAGCUCACCAAAAGAAAAAUGUACCAGGAAAUCUGCAUUGAUUUUUUAUUCAAG